AAAUGCGGGAACGCGAUGGUCACGGUUCGAGCGCGGGUGAUUCGAGAUAUAUCGUUCGAGCGGUCACGUGUGCGCACACUCGCUCGCGUUGGCGAUAUCGCGCGGCGGCGUGCCACUGGAAAAUUUUAUCAAUACCGCAGCGGCCAUCUAGUCUCCCGCUGGCAGUCGCUCGCGAGAAGUAAGUCGCGUCGAACACCAAUCAACCAACGGGGGUUGCCGUCGAACGAGCCGACCGACAAAUCGACCGAGAAUCGCCCGACUAGAAAGAGCCCGAGGCGAUCGACUACGAGCAUGGCUACGGAGGGUGGUUUAGCACCGGAUGCGGCUGCGGGUGCAGGCGCGGGCACCGAUGGCAUCGUCGGUGGUCCCAGAACACCGCAGCAGAUUGCCUCGCAGAAGCGGCUGCAGGCGACGCAAGCGCAAGUUGACGAGGUCGUCGACAUCAUGAAGACAAACGUCGAGAAAGUCCUCGAGCGUGAUCAGAAGCUCUCCGAGCUCGAUGAUAGAGCAGAUGCGCUGCAACAAGGAGCGUCGCAAUUCGAACAGCAGGCAGGAAAAUUGAAGAGAAAGUUCUGGCUACAGAAUUUAAAAAUGAUGAUCAUCAUGGGCGUCAUCGGAAUCAUUGUAAUAGCCAUCAUUAUCGCGAACUUCGUGUAGGCGUGCUGAUUGGUGGAAGAGAUUUGUGUGUGAGUGAGUCUGAAGCGAGCUUCACUGGUGGCGACAAAACGCAAAAGCCCGAGAGUAAGAACUAAAAUAAAAUAACGCAACUACAACAGCAACAAGAAGAUAGUUAAAAAGGAGGAGAGGAGAAGAGAAGCAAGAAUAAUAAGAAGAACAAGUGGCAGAGCUGAAGAAAGUGGUUCGCGAAAAGUCGUGCUUCUGAAACUGAAGACGGAUUGGGUGAAUAACGAUCUCAUCAGACCGGAAAUUGGAGAGGAUGACCCAUCAACGUGCUUUGCCGCCGUUGUUCGCAACGUAAUGUCGAAUCGUUGCAUCCGGGGAUCGAUCGAUCGUUCGAUGGAUCUUUGGCCCUUGGAAUUCAUCGUCGAGAGAACGUGAUGGCGGCCGAUGAUGAUUAGAAGCGAGGAGAAGCAUAAAGAAGAGAGCCGUCGCAACGACCACGAAACUUUUCUUGUUACCCUUGUAGCUUUUUCGGAUUGUGGCAGGGGAAGUCGAGGGGUCCACAUUGAACCGACUCUGUCUCCGUAUUAUGCAAGAAUGGACGAAGGUAGCGCGCGGCAAAUUUUUCCCAAGUACCAAAUUUUACAAGAACUCUGUGCUGAUUAUCGUUGUGCUGUUACGAUUAUCUCACGAUUAUAUUGAUUCCGUUUUCUUACGUAAUAUUAUGAUUUAAAAAGCUAUGUCGCGGCAUGACGAUAUAUUUCCUUUUGACAAAUGUAAAAUUAAGCAAUUGUUUAAUAAUUAUGGAAAUCUCAUCGGAUAAACGAGAUUGAAACAAUAGAAGUGGUUUGCAAAAUCUUGCGACUGAGACAUGUUUGCUUGAUAAGGCAGACGAAUCGCGUUUUCCUUCGUCCAUUUUUGUUAAUAAGAUUUCUUUGAGAUAAUUGGAAAGACAUAAGAAAUAGAGAGAGAGACGGUUAUUGUGUACAAAGAUAUGAAAUAUUCGCGAAAAAAAUGGACGAAGAUACGUUGUAGCGCCGAUAUAUAAUAUAUAAAUAUAUAGGAUAUAUAUAUAUAUAUGUAUAGAAAAAGAGAGAGAGAGAGAAAGAGACAGGAUGUCCGUGAAAACCACCACGUAAAACCUCUCCGACGAAGGCAGUUGCUGUAGCGCACGUUCGCGCAUACACGCGAACGCGUUCACGUGUAUAUCAAGACACGUUUACUUUAUAGACGUGUUAUACAUCACGUGUAAAUCACGUCAACUGUAAAUAAUAUAUCAUUUGUCCCUCGCGCGCGCCAUUUGUCGAAUUAUGCGACCAAUCCGCUCCGAUUAUAUCGACGAGAGUCGCAUGGCGUUCUUUAUUACCGUUUCGCAUCUUGCAUCUUUCGCGAAUUACAGAGGAAACACAGACGAGGGGGGAAAGAGACAGAAAGAAAAAGGAGAGGAAAAGAGCAAUAGAGAGAAGGAGAAGAGAGAAUUGUGGCAGUCGCUUUGCCUUCGUCGAAGACGGCGACGAAUGUUUUUCGAGCAGCCUGUAUAGAGAAUUUAAAAAAUAAUAAAGAGACGAGAGGAAGAGAAAGAGAGAGAGAGAGAGAGAAAAGAGGAAAGAGGGAGAUAGGCGAACAGAAGAGUGCGAAAAAAGGAACACCUCGAUAUAAAGCGACGCAGCGGCUACAGAUAACGUUUUAAGGCUUAAAGAAGAAUUAUCUACAAGAUGUUAUGUAUACAUGUUAAUAAUAAUGAUGAUCACGAUGAAGAUAAUAACACGAUAACGCUAAUAGUAAACUAAUGAUUAUCCUAAUAACGACGACAUGACGUUUGAUCCGCUUCGCGGAUGCGAUCGCCCCAACAAUGGGAGACAUCGUUCUUCUCGAGUCGAGGACACCAGAACUUAGGAAGGCUCCAUCCUCGCUUCCUUGUCAUCCCCUUAUCGUCCAUCCGUAAGAUAAAACGUACGUCAGUGAUAAGUAUAUCACGCGCGACAUGCUGAUCGAUCGUCGACGAAUCCGACGAGGAUCGCCUGUCACGAUUCCCGUCGCGAUCCUCUGAUGCCUCUCCCUUUCUUCCUCUUCUGUUCGGUCCUUCCUGGUUUCCCGAUGCUGCUUCUGAUUCAGCAAUAAUUUCGCGAGAUGAUCGUCUUACCGACCGUGGUCCUCCGCGAUUGUUCCUCCCGCUGAUCCCGUCCCGAUGCGCGAUAAUUGCGAGAGCUCCAUUCCACCACGAUUUCCGGACGAAUGUUUGCCGAAAGAAAGGGAAACGAAAGAGCUUUUCGGAGUGUUGAUCGGCAAGAUGCUGAAAACGGUACCGCUUCCGCGUUUCGCGCUGAUAGUUCUGUAUUUCAGAGGAAGCAAGAUUUGCAAAUGUGUCCGACGUUGAUUGCUCGUGUCGGACGCAUUAAUGUAUCGCAUUGUAUUGAACGUUCCGAUCGAUCACAAUUAUAUCAUAUUUAGCGAUAGCGUUAAUUGGCACAAGAAUAAAACGAGUAUUAUCUAAGCUUUGUGCUCGUUUCCAAAUUGCUUUCGGUCAAUGCGAAUAUUCGUUGCUGUUCAAGUUGCAGCGUAACUUUACGAUACCGUUGAAAAUAAUGUCGAUGACGAGGAUCAUUGGGGACCACGAGCUGCUGAUGCGAUAUGCUUUGUCGAGCUCGUCGAAAUCAUAGUAAACUGAGGGACCGACGAAUGAGAAAUUCUUCGAGGUGUCGCGCAAAGUGGCCACACAUACAAGCCGAGUUGUAACGUUUGAACGAUUCUAUAUUUACGAGACUUAUAAACAAGUAGCUGUACGUCAUAUCUUAACCCUCGACGUAUCCUUAAUUAUUAAAUGACGAAUAUGAUCAUGAUGCUGCGCUUUGAACAUUGUACAGUACCGAAUAAAGGAUACACUGCGUAGUUAAACUGAAAGAGAAAUGACGGAGAAGUAGAUUAUAUAAUUAUUUUUUUCUAUUAUCUUUCUGUUUCGAUCGUACGAACUCGUAUUAUAAUUCUCUGCAAGCAUUGCCAUUUCCAAACUUUACGAAUUAUACUAUUCUGAUGACAUGGAUAAGUUAGGUUUCGUUCUUUUUUUUUUGUCUUUGUAUUAUUAGUGUUGCACGCAAGAGAAAGCGUAGACGUUAAUUUUUUGACGAGACAGUUCUAACUCGGUCAUGGCCGGACACACGUCACGCGAUAACAGUUCUCAAAUGACCUAUUGACGAUCGAAUGCAUGUAUUGCAACGCGCCUUCCAGGAAGAGGAUCAUUAUAAAGCCUAGUAUCCGUUAAAUCCAAGCAGGAGGUAAGAACAUUAAACUUGCUACUGUACGCCGGUGUGCACAUGACAUAUUUUAUCUGACUCUUUUGUGAAACUUUCAUUUUCCGCCUUUUUUUCUAUACAUGCUCUCUUUAAUCUGACAAUUGUAACAAUUUCGUAAUAUUAUUACAUUUUAUAAUCGUCAAUAAAUUAAGUAUUGCAUUGUAUCUCCUAUUAUUUAUAAAGAGUUCUUUUCAGAGUUAUGUAGAUGUGCCUUCGAGUUCAUCAGUUUCUUAAUGAAUGCAUAGCCCACUUACAUAAUUAAAUCUGGUUGUGUUAUGAAUUAUGAAAUUUUUGUCAAUUAGCAAAUCCAGUUGUCAAUUAUCUCACGUGAUACUGAGAGGUAUCACAAGUAUAAUAUUUGUCCUGCAUCUUUGUGAAUUACAAUUUUAUUUCUAUACAUUUUUAUUUCUCCAAACAUUACUGCGCGUUCUGAUUGUAAUUUCUGUCUCGUUGUGCGUUAUAAUUACAACCUGAAAUGUUAUCUUGUGCUUCCAUUAUGUUCCACAUCGCUGAUCUCAUAGUUUUCAUUAUUUCGUAUUGUCACACCGAUGCAAUUGAGAUAAUAUCACUGUUAGUAACGUGAAUUAUAUCGUAUACAUGUAAGCUUACGUUUUCUGUGAUCGUAUCAAGAGUAGGAAAGUCUCAUCAGUGAUACAUGUAUGUCGAAUUAUCGUCGCUUCGGAAUUAUUUGACUCGCUGUCCAUUCGUACAAUUGUUCCGACUUAUACAGUUAGUGUAUAAAUGAUGCCGGGCGUAUCGAGAUUUGAAGUAAAACGCGACAAUACCUAUACACUAUUAUCUAACGGAAUAAAGUCACUUCAGAGAGAGAAAGGGAGAGAGCGAAAGAGAGAGAGAGAAAGAGAGGGAGAGACAGGGAGAGAGAGAAAGAAGAAAAGAGAACACUGUAAUAUAACACAGCUGUUUAAAAAAACAAGAGAGAAAUGAAUAUAUCGAUAUAUCAACCUCUGCGUUCUAGCGUUGUACAACCUGUAUAUUUUUCAUUUGUCCAAAUUAUAUGUUUCUGUGUGUGUUAAUCGUUAUAAAAGUAUGGGAAUAAAAAGUACGAAACACGA